GCUUGUGCAAGGCGUCAUUGCUAGUUUGAGGGAUUUUUCUAUAUUUAAAGAAAUACUCACUUCGUUCUCAUUCCCAACCCUCUCCUAUCCUAUUUGUUCUCGGAGACCCAUCAUUUCAAUACAGAAAAACAAAGAAAGCAACAGGGAAAGAAAAGGAAAUAUGGAAGAGACCAAGUCAAGGUUUAAGAGAAUUUGUGUCUUUUGCGGUAGCAGUUCAGGCAAGAAAGCUAGCUACCAAGAUGCUGCUGUUGAGUUGGGCAAGGAACUGGUGGACAGAAGGAUUGAUUUGGUCUAUGGAGGUGGGAGCGUGGGAUUGAUGGGUCUUGUUUCUCAAGCAGUUCAUGAUGGUGGGCGCCAUGUUCUAGGGGUUAUUCCAAGGACACUAAUGCCUAGAGAGAUAAUCGGUCAGACUGUUGGAGAAGUGAGAGCCGUCUCUGAUAUGCAUCAAAGAAAAGCUGAGAUGGCACGUCAAGCUGAUGCCUUCAUUGCUCUUCCUGGGGGCUAUGGCACUCUUGAAGAAUUGCUUGAAGUCAUUACAUGGGCUCAGCUUGGCAUUCAUCGAAAACCUGUGGGUCUACUGAAUGUCGAUGGGUUCUAUAACUCGUUAUUGUCUUUCAUUGAUAAGGCCGUUGAUGAAGGCUUCAUAUCGCCAACUGCACGUCGUAUUAUUGUUUCGGCACCAACUGCCAAACAAUUGGUCAGGCAACUUGAGGAAUACGAACCGGAAUAUGAUGAAUUAACAUCGAAGCUGGUGUGGGAGGAAGUUGAUAGACUAAAUUAUGUGCCUGGAUCAGGAGUAGCUACAUAGUAGCAAAGAGUGGUGAUUUUGAAGGGGGUUUUCUACUUUUGGCUAGUCAGUAUAUACCUUUUUGUUUAUAUAAUAUAUACAUAUACGGUAUAGAAUACCGUAGUAGUCGGAGCACAGGAAGGUAUUUCUUUUUUGUCUUUGUGGGGGUGGGAACAGAGCUAGUAAAAUGUCUCAAAUGUGUCUCAGUCAGACGUAUACAAUGUUUGAGGGGGAAGGAAAGGAAAAGAAAAGAAAAGAAAAGGUGCUCUUAACUUGCCCUUUUUGUGGAAACUGAGAAAGAAGGAAGGAAUCAGUUAAAUUAAAUUCAAAGCCUUUUAUGCUAAUUUGUUUUGUUAAUCCAAAAACAUUUAAUUAGAGGGCAGGAGGAGUUUGUAAAGUCAAAAUUGUCUAUUCCUUUUGAGUGGUCAUAUGGGUGACUAAAAUAUAUAAAUAUUCUUUCUUCUUCUUCUUCU